AUGCGGCCCGAAAUCGAACAGGAGCUGGCCCAUACUCUGCUGGUUGAACUUCUGGCCUACCAGUUUGCUUCGCCAGUACGAUGGAUCGAAACUCAAGAUGUCAUUCUUGCAGAGAAGAGGACAGAACGGAUUGUUGAGAUUGGCCCCGCGGAUACGCUGGGUGGCAUGGCAAGACGAACCCUCGCUUCGAAGUAUGAAGCAUAUGACGCUGCCACCUCUGUUCAACGCCAAAUACUGUGCUACAACAAGGAUGUGAAGGAGAUCUAUUACGACGUAGAUCCAGUCGAAGAGGAAGCGGAGACUCCAGCAGAGCCAGCAGCCGGUGCUGCUGCCCCGAGCGCCGCCGCCGCCGCUGCUCCGGCCGCCGCUGUUCCACCUCCCCCCAGCGCUGGACCCGCGGCCGCGGUUGAGGAUGCCCCAGUUACAGCUGUGGACGUUGUCAGGACGCUAGUGGCACAGAAGCUGAAGAAGAGUUUGUCGGAUGUCCCUCUGAGUAAGGCGAUCAAGGAUUUAGUUGGAGGUAAAUCUACUCUGCAGAAUGAGAUUCUAGGUGAUUUAGGAAAGGAGUUCGGCUCAACGCCAGAGAAGCCGGAAGAUACACCAUUGGACGAACUAGGCGCAUCCAUGCAGGCGACGUUUAAUGGGCAACUUGGCAAACAAUCGUCUUCUCUCAUAGCUCGCCUGGUUUCGUCAAAAAUGCCAGGCGGCUUCAAUAUUACCGCAGUUCGCAAGUAUUUGGAGACUAGAUGGGGGUUGGGAUCUGGACGCCAAGAUGGUGUCCUCCUUCUUGCCCUCACCAUGGAACCCCCGUCUCGGAUAGGCUCGGAGCCCGAUGCUAAGUCUUACCUGGACGAUGUCACGAAUAAGUAUGCUGCUAGUGCCGGCAUCAGCCUUUCUGCACCUACUGCCGGCAGCGAUGGUGGCGCAGGCAGUGGAGGCAUGCUUAUGGACCCCGCUGCUAUCGAUGCAUUGACUAAAGAUCAGCGAGCGUUGUUCAAGCAACAGCUAGAGAUCAUCGCCCGUUACUUGAAGAUGGAUCUACGCGCCGGUCAAAAAGCAUACAUAUCGUCGCAGGAGACCCAGACUGCAUUGCAGGCGCAGCUAGAUCUCUGGCAGGCUGAACAUGGUGAUUUCUACGCGUCCGGCAUCGAGCCAGCCUUCGAUCCUCUGAAAGCCCGUGUCUACGACUCGUCUUGGAACUGGGCUCGUCAAGAUGCUCUUAGCAUGUACUACGAUAUCAUUUUCGGCAGACUCAAGGUCGUUGACCGUGAGAUUGUGAGCCAGUGUAUCCGCAUCAUGAACCGUUCGAACCCGCUUCUUCUCGAGUUCAUGCAGUAUCAUAUUGACAACUGCCCGACUGAACGGGGUGAAACGUAUCAACUGGCCAAGGAACUUGGCCAACAGCUCAUUGAAAAUUGCAAGGAAGUUCUAGAUAUUGCACCUGUCUACAAGGACGUUGCUGUCCCUACCGGGCCCCAGACGACUGUCGAUUCUAGAGGAAACGUCGGGUACAAGGAGGUCCCACGGGCCAGCGCUCGCAAGUUGGAACAUUAUGUCAAGCAAAUGGCCGAAGGAGGACCGAUUUCUGAGUACAGCAACCGUGCCAAAGUGCAGAAUGAUCUUCGCAGCGUCUACAAGUUGAUCCGCAGACAACAUCGCUUAUCCAAGUCGUCGCAGCUUCAGUUCAACGCCCUAUACAAGGACGUUAUUCGUGCUCUUAGCAUGAACGAGAACCAAAUUAUGCCACAGGAAAACGGCCUCGGCAAGAAGUCCAGCAGGAACGGAGUCAAACGCAAUGGCAGUCCCCGUGCCGGAAAGGUCGAGACUAUCCCUUUCCUGCAUCUCAAGAAAAAGUCCGAGCAUGGCUGGGAUUACAACAAGAAGCUCACAGGAGCUUACCUCGAUGUGCUGGAGUCUGCUGCGCAGUCGGGCCUCUCUUUCCAGGGCAAGAACGUCUUGAUGACUGGUGCGGGUGCCGGUUCUAUUGGAGCGGAAGUGCUGCAAGGCCUGAUUAGUGGUGGCGCUAAAGUUGUUGUUACGACGAGCCGUUUCUCUCGUGAAGUCACUGAGUAUUACCAGGCGAUGUAUGCCCGCUACGGUGCUCGCGGCUCUCAGCUUGUCGUGGUGCCUUUCAACCAAGGUAGCAAGCAAGACGUGGAAGCACUGGUCAACUACAUCUAUGACACCAAGAAAGGUCUCGGCUGGGACUUGGACUUCGUUGUUCCGUUUGCGGCUAUCCCAGAGAACGGCCGUGAGAUUGACUCUAUCGACUCGAAGUCGGAACUCGCCCAUCGGAUAAUGUUGACAAACCUGUUACGUCUGCUUGGAUGCAUUAAGGCCCAGAAACAAAGCAAUGGUUUCGAGACACGUCCAGCUCAAGUCAUCCUUCCCUUGUCACCUAACCAUGGUACAUUUGGAAAUGACGGUCUUUACUCUGAGUCAAAACUUGCACUGGAAACUCUAUUCAACCGUUGGUACUCUGAGAACUGGAGCAACUACCUAACCAUAUGUGGUGCUGUCAUUGGCUGGACUCGGGGUACAGGUCUCAUGAGCGGGAAUAACAUGGUUGCUGAAGGCGUUGAGAAGCUUGGUGUUCGCACCUUUUCCCAGCAAGAAAUGGCCUUCAACCUGCUUGGCCUCAUGGCCCCUGCGAUUGUUAACCUUUGCCAGCUCGACCCUGUUUGGGCAGAUCUCAACGGCGGACUGCAGUUCAUUCCCGAUCUCAAAGAUCUCAUGACGACUCUCCGCACCGAUAUUAUGGAAACAAGUGAUGUUCGUCAAGCUGUGAUCAAGGAAACUGCCAUUGAAAACAAAGUCGUCAAUGGCGAAGACAGUGAAGUCCUCUACAAACGGGUCAUUGCAGAGCCUCGCGCCAACAUCAAGUUUCAGUUUCCAGCUGUACCAAAUUGGGAAGAUGACGUCCAACCUCUCAAUGAGAGCCUCAAAGGCAUGGUCAACCUGGACAAGGUCGUUGUUGUCACCGGAUUCUCAGAGGUUGGACCCUGGGGUAAUUCUCGCACUCGCUGGGAGAUGGAGGCAUAUGGCAAGUUUUCUCUCGAAGGUUGCGUGGAAAUGGCCUGGAUUAUGGGACUUAUCAAACACCAUAACGGCCCAUUGAAGGGCAAGGCCUACUCUGGAUGGGUGGAUGCAAAGUCUGGGGAGCCAGUGGAUGAUAAGGAUGUGAAGCCGAAGUACGAAAAGUUUAUUCUGGAGCAUUCCGGCAUCCGACUCAUUGAGCCCGAGCUAUUCAAAGGCUACGACCCUAAGAAGAAGCAACUGCUCCAGGAGAUUGUCAUCCAGGAAGAUUUGGACCCGUUCGAGUCUUCGAAGGAGACUGCAGAGGAGUUCAAGCGUGAACAUGGUGAGAAGGUGGAAAUCUUUGAACUGCCAGAAUCUGGCGAGUUCACCGUGCGUCUCAAGAAGGGCGCUACCCUACUAAUCCCCAAGGCUCUUCAGUUCGACCGCCUUGUUGCUGGCCAGAUCCCAACCGGCUGGGAUGCCAAGAGAUACGGCGUCCCAGACGAUAUCAUCGAACAAGUUGAUCCGGUGACUUUGUUUGUGCUUGUCUGCACUGCCGAAUCAAUGCUUUCAGCUGGUAUCACGGAUCCUUAUGAGUUCUACAAAUAUGUUCACUUGUCAGAGGUUGGUAAUUGCAUUGGUUCUGGUAUUGGAGGCACCCAUGCUCUGAGAGGAAUGUACAAGGAUCGUUAUCUUGACAAACCUCUGCAAAAGGAUAUCUUGCAAGAAUCAUUCAUUAACACAAUGAGUGCGUGGGUCAACAUGCUACUUCUGUCUUCUACAGGCCCAAUAAAGACCCCUGUUGGUGCUUGUGCCACAGCUGUCGAGUCUGUUGACAUUGGGUAUGAGACAAUUGUUGAAGGGAAAGCCCGUGUCUGCUUUGUUGGUGGAUUUGACGACUUCCAGGAAGAAGGGUCCUACGAGUUCGCCAACAUGAAAGCUACCAGCAAUGCAGAGGAUGAAUUUGCCCAUGGUCGUACCCCGCAGGAAAUGUCGCGACCCACAACUACAACCCGCGCCGGGUUCAUGGAGUCACAGGGUUGUGGUAUGCAACUUAUCAUGAGCGCCCAGCUUGCCCUGGAUAUGGGCGUGCCGAUUUAUGGCAUCAUCGCGUUGACCACCACAGCCACCGACAAAAUUGGUCGCUCUGUUCCCGCUCCCGGCCAAGGAGUUCUUACUACAGCACGAGAGAACCCUGGCAAGUUUCCAUCCCCUUUGCUGGACAUUAAGUACCGCCGCCGGCAGCUUGAUCUGCGCAAGAAGCAGAUCAAGGAAUGGCAAGAAUCAGAGCUACUGUACCUUCAGGAAGAAGUCGAAGCCAUGAAGGCUCAAGGCCCCGAGUAUUCUGAUGUCUCGGGAUACAUGCAAGAACGAGCCCAGCACAUUGAACGCGAAGCUAUUCGGCAGGAGAAGGAUGCCCAAUUCAGCCUCGGAAACAACUUCUGGAGACAGGACUCUCGCAUAGCUCCUCUUCGCGGCGCCCUCGCCACUUGGGGUCUCACUGUCGAUGAUAUUGACGUUGCCUCAUUCCACGGUACAUCUACUGUUGCCAACGAUAAAAAUGAAUCAGACGUAAUCUGCCAGCAGAUGAAGCACUUGGGUCGCAAGAAGGGCAACGCGCUGCUGGGAAUCUUCCAGAAGUAUCUGACAGGACAUCCCAAAGGUGCUGCUGGUGCCUGGAUGUUCAACGGCUGUCUGCAAGUUCUGGAAAGCGGAUUAGUUCCUGGCAACCGCAACGCCGAUAACGUGGACAAGGUUAUGGAGAAAUUCGAUUACAUUGUUUAUCCAAGCCGCAGCAUUCAAACGGAUGGUAUCAAAGCGUUCUCGGUCACCUCAUUCGGUUUCGGUCAAAAGGGUGCACAAGUUAUCGGUAUCCAUCCUAAGUACCUCUUCGCUACGCUCGACCGGGCCCAAUACGAUGCCUACAAGGCUAAGGUUGAGGCCAGACAGAAGAAGGCAUACCGCUUCUUCCACAGCGGUCUUAUCAACAACAGUAUCUUUGUUGCUAAAAGCAAGGCUCCCUACGAAGAUGAUAUGCAAAGCAAGGUCUUCCUCAAUCCUGACUAUCGUGUGGCUGCCGACAAGAAAACAUCGGAGCUCAAGUUUCCCCCCCAACCUCCAAAGUCCAACGAGAAAGGAGUUGAGAGCACAAGGAUCAUGAUUGAGUCACUCGCGAAGGCCAGUGCUUCCGACAAUUCGAAGGUGGGCGUCGACGUGGAAAACAUUGAAAGUUUCAACAUCGAGAACGAGACCUUUAUUGAACGCAACUUCACUGCAAAUGAGCAGGAGUACUGUCGCAAGGCGGCGUGUCCCCAAUCAUCCUUUGCAGGACGGUGGAGUGCGAAGGAGGCUGUUUUUAAAUCCUUGGGUGUUAGCAGCAAGGGGGCCGGUGCUCCGCUGAAAGACAUUGAGAUCUCAAGUGAUUCGACCGGAGCGCCUGUGGUCAAUCUCCACGGUGCCGCAGCUGAGGCCGCCAAGGAAAGUGGUGUUAAACAAGUCAGCGUCAGCAUCAGCCACAGUGACACCCAGGCCGUAGCAGUCGCGGUCUCCAAGUUUUAA